UGACUAUAUGUAAAAGACCAGAAAAGUUGUCUUUAAGGUCAAUACUGAUUUGACAUUAUCAGGCUUCAGAAAGCUAGCGCUAAGAAGUUGACAAGUUUACUAAAAAGUAAAGGUGACGUUAUUCUUACGCUGUUGUGGCUGACAUAUUUAAAGACGUUUGAACAUUAGAUCUUUAAGAAAAUGCCAGGGCUUAAUCUUGGAUUUAAAUUAUUUGCUGAAAAAUUUGGACAAGAAGAGCUUGAGAAGAGGAUAAAAGAUGAGCACACGCCACCGCGAAAAGGAUCAAUAUUUGGAGAACUUAAAUUGAACUUUCAAAAAUUGAAGUUUGAAAGUAUAUUCACGUUAGCAACAACACUUAAUGGAUUCCGCCGAGCAACACAUACUGUUGGAACUGGAGGUGUUGGCACAAUAAAGAUUGUUGACAAUCCAAAAUUUCCAGAACAUGAAUUUUUUAAAGCUGGUCGCCAAUUCAAUGCAAGGUUGCGACAUGGAAAUCUCAAAUUCACUGAUGAUGCUGGAGCUGAUGCCAGAUCAUUUUCAAUAAAAUUUGAGGACGCCGAUGACAUAAGUCCUUUGGAUAUCGUCAUGAAUACAGGCGAGGCCAAUAUCUUUUGGGAUGUCAGCAGUUUGGACGACUUUGUUCCAGUAAAUGAAGGAGAAACUGCAAAAGAAUACGUCUAUAAAAAUCCUUACUAUUACUACAAUUUGGUGGAGGCACUGCGUCGAGCACCUGACUCAUUUGCUCAUCUCUACUAUUAUUCUCAGUUAACCAUGUAUUUCAAAGCAAAAGAUGGUAAAGUUCGAUAUUGUAGAUAUCGAGCAGUUCCAGGUGACGUAGAAGUAAAAGAGGAAAAUGCAAGCGGAAGGCUGACUGAAGAAGAACAAAGAAAUAUCUGGAUUUUUAGUCGUCACGAGAACGAGAAGCGACCAGAUGACUAUCUUCGUAAGGAAUACGUUGAACGCCUGAAAAAUAAACCGGUUACCUAUCGCCUGCAAAUCCAAAUUCACGAUCAAUCCCCUGAAGACACAGCAACUAUUUAUCACGCAGGAAUCUUAUGGGAUAAGGAAACACAUCCAUGGCUGGAUCUAGCCACUGUUACCAUAAACACUCCAUUAUCCCCAGAUGUACUAGAGCGUACGACUUUCAAUAUCGAGCGUCAGCCGGAAUCACUGGGAUUGUUAAAAGCCGAGUCGCCGGAAGAUUACAACAGCAUCGGCCAAAUACGUGUUGAGGUGUACAACCAUGUACAGAUGCUAAGGAAAAUGAAGAUGGGCACUCUAACUCCAGCUAAUGACAAUGCUCUUUACGCAAUUCAAAUUGAAACUGGUAAACGAGAGGGUGCUGCUACUGAUGCCACUGUAUAUAUCAGAUUAACUGGCCCAAAAGGUCGCACAGAUUACUUGAAACUUGACAAAUUGUUUCACAACGACUUCGAACGUGGAAGUAAUGACCUCUAUAGAGUGGAAGCAUUUGAUGUUGGUGAUGUCCAACUUGUAGAACUUAAUGCCCGUCCGUCUUGGAUUCCAUUGACGUCUGAAGACCCUGACUGGUUUGUAGAAAAGGUAACUAUUAAGAGCUCAACCCAAAGUGGUGUAUUUGCUUUCCCGUGUUACAGAUGGGUAAUCAAUGAAAUUGUUUUGUUGCCUGGAGAAGCAACUUUACCAUUCCAUGAUAUGCCACCGGUAGUUGCCGAGCAACGCCAAAAAGAACUAAAGCAAAGAAAGGAAAUAUAUCAAUGGGAUUGGGUAACAGAGCACAUGCCUGGGAGUAUUAAAGCUGAAACUCAUGACGAUCUUCCUAGAGACGUCCAGUUUACUGAUGAAAAAUCAAGAUCCUAUAAGAGGAGCAGAUUGACUGCUUUAGCCAAUUUGGGCAUCGGUAAAGUUGCAACGCUAUUUGAAGAUUGGGACAGUUAUGACGAUUACAAAAGUCUAUAUCACGAAUGGCUACUAGGUGAUCUUCCAGCUUAUGAAAGCUCCUGGGAUCAAGAUCGCUGGUUUGCCUACCAGUUCUUGAAUAGUGCUAAUCCAGUUAGUAUCACACGAUGUGACGCUAUACCAAGCAAAUUCCCCGUAACUGACAAUGAUGUCAAGGCGUUUCUUGAUAGAGGAAACACUUUGCAACAAGAAAUAAAGAAUGGCCAUAUUUAUAUUGUUGAUUAUGAAAUUUUGGUUGGAUGUAAAACAUAUGGUGGACCUGUUCUUGAUGAUUUUGGUUACCAAGCUCCUGAUCAUCUUAAACAUGAUAAAGCUGAUGUAAGAUACUGCGCAGCCCCACUUGCUCUAUUCUAUGUGAAUAAAGAAGGGCAUCUCAUGCCAAUAGCAAUCCAAAUUAAUCAAGAGCCAGGUCCUGAGAACCCAAUAUGGACGCCACACGAGCCAAACCCAUAUGAUUGGAUGCUAGCAAAGCUUUGGCUUCGCGUUGCUGAAUCUAAUUUCCACCAGCUUUGUACGCAUUUACUGCGCACUCACUUAACAACUGAACCAUUUGCAUUGUCAACAUGGCGUAAUCUUUCAUCAGCUCAUCCAAUAUUUAAGUUACUUCAACCUCACAUCUAUGGAGUGCUAGCCAUUGAUACUAUUGGCAGGAAAGAGUUGAUUGGUACAGGAGGAAUUGUUGACCAGUCUCUGUCACUCGGAGGUGGUGGUCACGUGACGUUCAUGGAGAAAUGCUUUAAGCAGACCACAUUUCAGGAUUACAAUUUACCAAAGAAUCUAAAGAAACGUGGAGUUGAUGAUACAUCGAAACUUCCUGAGUAUUAUUAUCGUGACGACGGACUCGCCCUGUGGGAAGCUAUUGAAAAAUUUGUAGGUGAAAUAGUUGGUAUUUUCUAUAACAGUGACGACGACGUCAAGAAAGAUGAUGAAAUUCAAACUUGGAUACUUGAUGUUUAUAAAAAUGGCUGGCGUGAAACACUUGGAAAUCCAACCCACGACCUUCCAGCUAAGUUUGAGUCUCGAGAGCAACUUGUAGAAUUGUUGACUUGUUUGAUAUUUACGUUUUCUUGUCAACAUGCAGCAGUAAACUUCAGUCAAAAAGAUCAUUAUGGUUUCACACCUAAUGCUCCUGCUAUCAUGCGUAAGCCACCACCAAACAAGAAAGGAGAAGCAACAUUAAAGUCCAUUCUAUCAACUCUUCCAAAUAAAUCUCAGGCAGUCAAGGCAAUAUCGACAGUUUAUAUUUUGACUAAGUUCUCAGAAGACGAGCGUUAUUUAGGUAAUUACAGUUGCACCGCUUGGCAAGAUUUGGAAGCACUUGGUGCCAUAUCACGAUUCCAAGACAAUCUGGAGGAUAUUUCUGAGAAAAUCAAAAAACGAAAUAAAGUUUUGGAAAUUCCAUACAUUCAUCUUCUUCCUGAACGUGUUCCAAAUGGAACAGCAAUUUAAACCUCACUCAUUUUUUUACUGAAUUCUUAUUUUUUCACGUACUUGGAAUUUUUACUCAUUUCUUGAUUAGCUUUUAAGCAACAUUAAUUAAAUUUGAAAAACAUGA